AUGAGCCAACAACAAGAGCAACCAAGUAGGCCACAAGAGCCAGUCACAUACGGUGACGUUUUUGAAGUUUCUGGUGAACUCGCCGAUAAGCCCAUAGCUCCUGAGGAUGCAAAAAUGAUGCAAGCCGCGGAGACACGUGUCUUCGGACACACUCAAAAAGGCGGUACGGCCGCAGUCAUGCAGUCUGCAGCCACAGCCAACAAACGCGGCGGUUUCGUCCACCCGGGUGACACAACUGACCUUGCCACAGAACGUGGCGUCACGGUGGCACAAACCGACGUCCCCGGUGCACGUGUCACAACAGAAUUCGUCGGUGGACAGGUCGUUGGACAAUAUGUUGAACCGAGGCCAGUGACCACUGCGGUGGCAACGGAGGCAGAAGCGAUUGGAUUGAAGUUGCAAAGUGCGAUAACGAUUGGAGAAGCAUUGGAAGCAACUGUGCAAACCGCUGGAAACAAACCGGUGGAUCAGAGCGAUGCAGCAGCGAUUCAGGCGGCAGAGGUUAGAGCUUCUGGCACCAAUGUUAUUGCUCCUGGUGGAGUCGCUGCUUCAGCUCAAUCAGCAGCCAAUCACAACGCUACUAUAGAGCGUGACGAGGAUAAAAUCAAGCUCGUUGAUGUUUUGGCGGGUGCGACAGGGAAGUUAUCAGCGGAUAAAGCUGCGACGAGGCAGGACGCAGAGGGAGUGGUGAGUGCUGAGCUGAGGAACAACCCUAACUUGUCUACUCAUCCUGGUGGUGUGGCGGCUUCUGUUACCGCCGCCGCUAGGCUUAACGAGAAAGCCGAUAUAUGA